GCGAUAGCGAGGACGAGGCUCGCGCGAACUGAUCGUUCUCGGACCGCUCGGAUUACGAGUUGCGACACGACUUGAAAAAAAGUCGAAACAUUGCACACUUUUCGUUCAUUUUUCCCGCGCGUUUCUUAAUAAUCAACCGAGUCCGUCGUACUAUUACGUUCGUCGUUGUGUAAUGAAAAAAAGUGUAUGGAUGGAUCCUCGCAUUUGGAAAUUUGUAAAGCACUCGAUCAACAAAGUUCUUUUCAUCCUAACUCCAAUCACUUACGAAAAUCAUUAGAGGCAGAAAAAAAAAUAACACGCAAUACGGAGAGACUAAAAAUAUGUCAUGAUGCGAAGCCUCAAUUAAUUCUUCGGCAUCAUCGAUGAUGUUCCAACGCCCGACGAAUCCGAGUACAAAGAAAAGUAUUGUGAGCUCGAAAACACACAUGCGAGCAGAGUAGAUGCGAAACGAGGCAAUAAAAUGUACAGAUUUUCUUUUGUUUGCGUUCUAUUUUUGUCGAGAAGAAGAACUGAAAUGAAAAAUUUCGUUUGAGCUUCCAAUUGAAUGAAUUUUCAAUCAAAUUUUCCAGUCGUCAUUCUCGUCAAUAUUGUUGUUAAUCGGCAAAAGUUCAUUCCAUAAUAAUUCUUGAAUAAAUCACGAAAACAAUGUUUCCGUGUGAAAUUCUCACCACGAACGCGGAAUCGGUUUGACGGUCGCACGUGUUUUGUAAAGACGGUUCACGCGAUCCGAUACAUCGAUAAGAAACGUGUACACAAAAGCGCGAGGGAAAAGUCGGCGAAAUGUUGGAACUGUGUUUUUGACGGGGAGUCGAAAUAAAUAUGAGAGCAAGCAGAAGCUCAUUAUCGAGGGUAAAUACGAUCGGUAUGCGUGAGAGAUGAAACAUUCCAAGUGCUACGGGCGUCUGCUUUCGUUCGUUACACCAUUUUUUCCUGGGUUAUCUAUUUUAUCAAUAAUUCUAUUAACUUUUCGUUUACUUAUGGUCACGUAAUCGACUGAUGCUCGCGUGUAAUUCGCCCCGAUCCAUGCCCCUAUAAAAACCCAAGUGCCGCGCAACCGAAUUAUUCUGUUAUCAACUACGAUCAACUCAGGAUCGACAUCAUGACGAAGAUCAUUCUCGUUCUGUUCGCUGCCGCUUUUCUCGCCUCGGCAACAGCGACCUCUUUUGAUAAGUUGGACAACAAUCCAAUCAGCCGUAAGAUCGACGAAGCGAUAGAAAAGAUCACGAAUCGGCACACAGUAUUGCACCACCAAACUAUCAGUCUGGGUCCGGAACCGAGUGACGCGAACCGAGCACUCAUCCAUUCGUUUGAAGCGAAUGUAACAGAAAGCAUCGAAAAGGCUCGUAACUCAAUUGAUGAAAUUAUUAAACACGCGAAACUCGGUAACGUCGACGAACGCCGGUGCAGACGCUACUUCGAUGAUCUCGAACAGACCGGAAACGGGGUAGUGGACAAUCUGGAUAUCACGAUGCUCCUUAUAGACGCGAUCAUGGCGCUUAGUGAAGUCUAUUCUGCAUCCACUUCAGCGCAAAAUGAGCUAGAGGCCCUGAAAGAAAGGGCGAAUCGGUGCAGCGGAGACGAAUGUGUUGAAAUCGAGCAAACCGCGAAGAAUAUUUUGACCAAUUACUACGAACAAUCUGAGAGGAAAUAUGACAUUUACAUGGCUUUCAAGAGCGGCUCAAGUAUCGUUCAGUUCGUGAACAAGGAAACCGAUUAUUUAGCAUUUCUCUACAAGAAUCUUCACGUUGUCGAACUAACUCGUUUCUGUGUCCAUACCGUUCGGUUCUCUUAACGUUUGUUCGCUGUCGCUCAAACGCAUCACAUCGAUUGUACUGUCAAAUAAAUUUUCAAUUAAAUCAGUUAAAAAAACACUAAAA